AUGAUGAACCCUCAUCUGCCGGCGGCGCCCCAUGGGCUCUCUGCCAUGCCUUUCCACCCUCGCAGAGGGCACAAUGACAUGCCCUUCUCUCCGGCUAGUCAUGCUCCUAUGCCCUCGCCUUAUGCCAGCUAUCACUACCAGCACUUUCAUCCACACGCGCAUUCGCCUCAACGGCAGCAGUGGUAUUCACCUUACCAACAUAUGCACAUGCCGCCUCCGCGGCAGUACAGCCAACCUCCGCCUAUGGUCGUCUCGUCCUACCCUCACGCUCAGCCUAUUGCUCCACUGAGCCAUCCAUCGCCUCAACCGCACCCAUCUGUUCUGGCGCAACCUCAGCCUAUGCCAUCGCCUUCCACUUCGACCACGUCCGUCAACGUCCCGACCCCUCCUCCCAACGCCCCUUUCGCAUCAUUCGCCCGACCUCCUUCCCCGCCAGCGCGACGGAUACCGUUUUACCCUUCGUUGCCGUGGUAUUCGGUCCCUGACCAGCCAUUUCCCUCAAGGGCUCCAAGGCGUCGAAGAAAGCGUAGAACUGUCUCCCAGUCCGCUGCAUCAUUGGAGCUACCGUCUCGGGAGGGACCAGAAGAAUCAAAGUCCCAAGCUUCGCUCGCAGAUAAUGUUACCGAAUCUGCGGCCACUGCAUCUCAUGCCCCUCUUAUUCACACAGAAAACACUCCGGAACAGGCGACAAACCGUCGGCCUUCAACCCAGCUUUCGGAUACCGCGUCAUCGGCCAAGGCCCAACCGACACACAAGCGCGAAACCACCAAGACGGCCGUCCCAGUUGUCCCUCUGGUUCCUGCUACGCCUCAAACUGCAUCCCAAUCGAAACCUGCACUGCCAAAAGCCAACCAAGCCGCCCCUGUAAGCGCUGAUCAGCCAUCUCCUGCGCUUACCCACCCAACCGGCGUUGAGGAGAGUUUGGAGUCUAGCAAGGAGAAGGCGGAAGUGACCGAAAAGUCUCCUGAGCCGUCUGUAGCAUCGCCGACGCCUCCAAAGGCUGCUCCCAAAUCUUGGGCGGAUCUUGUUCGCAACAAAUCAAUCGCCGCCAACGCUCCAUCCGCGAGUGCGACUCCCCUCAAUGGCGCCAUUCAAACAAACGGCUUUAGCGCUGCAAGAGCUGGCUCCCUUGGCGAAGCGCUGCAUUCUUUCAAUGUUGAGUCCGUAGUAAGGGAAUCCAGAAUUCAGUUCGUCGAGCCUCGAGGUCUUGUAAAUACUGGUAAUAUGUGCUAUAUGAAUUCUGUUCUUCAAAUCUUGCUUUUCUGCAUUCCUUUUUAUAGUUUUCUCGACCUGAUGGGCAAACGUUCUGCCUACAGUUUCAAGAGCGAUACUCCUCUUAUUGACGCCAUGAUAAUGUUCAUGCGUGAGUUUACGGUCCUCGAUUCGGCGCCGACAUCUGAGCAGCUCAAGCUGCGCCUAAAAGGCCCGGAGAUUGAGCAAUAUGGCGAAGCAUUUAUUCCUCAUUUUUUCUAUGAAACCAUCAAUGGCUUGCCAAGAUUCUCAUCAAUGAGACGUGGCCACCAACAAGAUGCCGAGGAGUUCUUAGGAUUCCUUCUCGAAGGCCUUCAUGAUGAAUGCAUCAACGUCAUGAAAGCAACAGCCUCGACCGCUCCUUCUGGCAUUUCGACACCCGCAGAGAGUGUCAAUUCGCCUACCAGUGACUCUUUUGGCGGACCAGGCUCCACAGCUGACGAUGGCUGGCUGGAAGUCGGGCCGAAGCAGAAAUCGGCAGUGACUCGUUCAUCUGGCAUGACUGGCCUCGAUUCGCCUGUUAACAAGAUUUUCGGUGGUCAAUUACGGUCUGAACUCCGUGUUCCUGGCUUGAAGACUUCCGUAACCCUGGAGCCGUAUCAGCCUCUUCAGCUUGACAUUGGUUCUCCGCAAGUCAGCAACAUUACCGACGCACUCAAGGGUUUGACUCAUUCCGAGGCUCUCCAUGGCGAUUUUGGGUCGCCGCGCGGGCCAGAUGUCACGGCAACUAAGCAAGUGUUCAUUGAAACUAUGCCUCCAGUAUUAAUCCUGCAUCUGAAGCGUUUUCAAUAUGACAAUACUGGAGGAACCCAGAAAAUUUGGAAGAAGGUCGGGUAUCCGUUGGAGCUUGAGAUCCCCAAGGAGGUCUUCCCGCCUAAUAAACGCGGGGCUAUGAUGAGCCACGGCGGCCUUCCCAAGUACAGGCUGAUUGGAGUUGUCUAUCACCAUGGGAAGAACGCCAGCGGUGGCCACUACACUGUUGACGUCCGACGUCAGGAUGGCCGAGAAUGGAUUCGCCUCGACGACACCGUCAUUCGACGGCUGCGCAGCGAGGAUGUUGCCGAGGGCGGUAGUGAAGAGGAUCCUAAAGUACUCGCCGCUGCACUUGAAAACCACAAACGCGAUGGCGCUACCAGCGACAAUUUCUACCAGCAAAUUCUUGGUUCUGAUGAUGGCGCUGAUGAGGGCUGGAGUCAAGUAAACGGCACCAGCACCGGCAUGUCUCCUGGUAAUAAAAAGUCAAACUCUGCUAAUGGUACCUCUACUCCUACGUCCGCUUCGAAGAAAUCGACCAACGACAGGUUCUCGGUCAAGGACAACAAGGUUGCAUACAUCCUCUUCUACCAGCGAAUCUAA